GUUUCCCCUGAAAAUGAACUAUUACGUUCCGAUUCAGCAAAAUGAAACGUGUGUUAAACCAACAAUGUCGCAGCCGCGUCAUACUCCGCGCAUUCUGGGGAGGAGAUUUGCUUUGACGGCUACAUUCUACAAAUAUUUGGAUAUAGGAAUCAGUGUGGGACUUAAGCCUUUUGUAGAGAUGAUUCUUGGUGACAACAAGGGCAAUGAGAUACCGCUGUCACGUGAUACCUGGGUAAUAAUGAUUGAGAAACGGACGGAUAUUGAGCAACUCCUGCAGUCGGCAACCGCUACAUCGUUGUGGAUUAAUGAUCUUUUCAUCGAAGUUGUUAAAAUACGUAACGAGAGUAUCAUAAAAUUCAUUUUAAAUAACAAAAUUAUGUACAUGAAACCAUCGACUGUACAAUUUUUACUAAAUCUUGAAGAUGUUAUCAAUAAUGCAUAUUUUAAGUUAUGGGAUGAUAUGCAUAUAUUAAAAGAACGAUAUAAUCAAUUUGUAAACUGUUUGCGGCGAAAUAAUAUUCUUUACAAGUGCGAUGCAGUUAAAUUGUUAAAUGAAAUAUGUGUAAAAACUUCGCUCGUAGAUUGCGAACUGAUGGUUUAUGCAUCAGACAAUAUUGUAUACGACGCGUUACAAAAGGAAUAAAUGAAAAAAAUUAUAAAUAAUUAUUCUAACUUAUUUUCUCUCUUCCCUAUUCCUUUGCGGUAUAAUGGCGUAUGCAGAACUGAGUAGGAGGUACAUAGAUAAGAUGGGUGGGAACGCAUGUAUGUAACCGCAUAUGAAA